AUGUAUGCAGACUUCUGUGAGGCGGAGCAUGCCCGCGGGGGCCGGGGCCGGUCACUUACUCGCUUAUCCCUCAAUGGUGAAAUGAGGCGGCGGGACAUCGAUCACGGCCCAGACCACCUGGUUGAGGCCCCUAUGCUGUUCAGCAGCGGUGCUCAGGGUAGCGCACCAGAGCGGGAGGCCAGGAGCAAUGAGUGGUCUAAGGAAGGCGGCAGCCCUGUGGGCCCCACAGCCGGCCAAGAUAAAGCGGAGCAGCUCGACUGA